AUGGCACCAAUGCCCGCCGAAACAUGUUCAGAGGGCAGUGGGUGCUCCGAGGUGGCUGAGGCAGAGAGUGCCGAGCCAGUCAGUGGCACGGGAGAGACCACCCUUGAGGAGAGAGCCAUCACUGCACCCCUGGUGGUAUCCAUGGGCCCCGGAAAGCUGCCCAUUCCGGAACGGGAGACCUGGACCAGGCAGAUGGAUUUCAUCAUGUCUUGUGUGGGCUUCGCUGUGGGGCUGGGUAACGUCUGGCGCUUCCCGUACCUCUGCUACAAGAAUGGAGGAGGUGUCUUCCUAAUUCCUUACCUGCUAAUAGUCUUUGUUGGGGGGAUCCCCGUCUUCUUCCUGGAGGUGGCCUUGGGGCAGUUCAUGAAGCAAGGUGGGAUUGCUGCCUGGAACAUCGCUCCCCUCUUCAAAGGGCUGGGCCUGGCCUCCAUGGUCAUUGUCUUCUUCUGUAACUCCUACUACAUCAUGAUCCUGGUCUGGGGCCUCUUCUACCUGGUGCACUCGCUGACCGAGACCCUGCCCUGGGCCACGUGUGGCCACUCCUGGAACACUCCGCAGUGCACCGAGAUGUUCGGUCACAGCGUCUGCAGCAACAGCACCAACGGCACCGCCAGGAACUGCAGCAACCUGACUGACGAGCGAUCUCCCAUCAUCGAGUUCUGGGAAAACAAGGUGCUGCGGAUUUCAGGGGACCUUGCCGAACCAGGAGACCUUAGCUGGCAGCUCAUCCUUUGCCUGCUCACAACUUGGAUCAUUGUCUACUUCUGCAUUUGGAAGGGUGUCAAGUCCACUGGGAAGGUCGUCUAUUUCACUGCUCUGUUCCCCUACGUGGUUCUGAUCCUGUUGCUCUUACAUGGGGUGACCUUGCCUGGUGCACUUGAUGGCAUCGUCUACUACCUGAAACCUGAUUGGUCCAAGCUUGCCGUGGCACAGGUAUGGAUUGAUGCUGGUACCCAGAUCUUCUUCUCAUAUGCUAUUGGGCUGGGAGCCCUGACCGCCCUUGGCAGCUACAACCGCUUCCACAACAACUGCUACAGGGAUGCCUACAUCUUGGCUGUCAUCAACAGUUCGACCAGCUUCUUCGCUGGCUUCGUGGUGUUUUCUGUGCUGGGCUUCAUGGCGUCUGAGCAGGGUGUUGACAUCUCCCAGGUGGCAGAGUCAGGUCCAGGCCUGGCCUUCAUCGCCUACCCCAAAGCCGUGACACUGAUGCCACUCUCUCCACUCUGGGCGACGCUGUUCUUCUUCAUGCUUCUUGUCCUGGGGCUGGACAGCCAGUUUGUGGGCGUGGAGGGUUUCAUCACGGGGAUCCUGGACCUGUUCCCACAGCCGGCAGCUGGCUCCCGACGCAGAGAGGUCACUGCCGCAAUCUGCUGCCUCGUUUGCUGUAUCAUCGACCUCUCCAUGGUGACCCAGGGGGGCAUGUACGUCUUUCAGCUCUUUGACUACUAUUCAGCCAGUGGGAUCACACUUCUGUGGCAGGCCUUCUGGGAGUGUGUGGUGAUCGCUUGGGUCUACGGUGCUGACCGCUUCAUGGAUGACGUCGCCCGCAUGAUUGGCUACCGGCCUCUGCCCUACAUGAAGUGGUGCUGGUCACUCGUUACACCAGCCGUGUGCGUGGGAAUUUUCCUCUUCCACGUGGUGAACUACCAGCCAUUGACUUACAACAAGACCUACGUCUACCCCUGGUGGGGAGAGGCCAUUGGCUGGGCUCUGGCCCUCGCAUCCAUGCUCUGCAUCCCCUGCACUGUCGCCUACAAGCUCCUGCGAAGCAAGGGCUCCUUGCAACAGCGUUGGCAGGUGCUAACCACACCUGUCUGGGGCCACCACCACCUGGAGUACAUGACGCCCGAAGCUGAGACAAAGCUCUUGCCCCCGGAUGGUCUUGCCGCAGCCCCCUUGGAGAAGGCAAUGCUUUUUGAGACUGUGAUCUAAGGGCUCGUCCCCUUCCCUGUAGUGAUAGCACGUGACACCGAGAUCAGUUGGGGGGAGAGGGUGGCG